CUAAUAAUCCGGGCUGGGUAUAUAAAUUGGAAGAGGGGCUGUUUAAAGCUCCGGCGAGCGCUGUGCAGGAGGGCGAGUUGUCGCUGCUGUCGCCGGGCCGCGGUCUUGUUUACUCUAGCAGCUAACGUGAAUCAGAAUGCCUCUCAAUGAUGAGCAGAACAGUGAUUCAGAGUCUUCACGCCUCUCUGAAAGCACAGCUGCUUCUAGCGACUCUGAAUAUUCAAGACAGAGCUUUAACAGUGAUUCUUCAAGCAAACCCAGUUCCCCAGCCUCAGCAAGCCCUCCCAAGGUUAUUACAUUUGAUGAAUUGAUGGCAGCUGCAAGAAAUUUGACAGACUUGACUCUAGCUCAUGAAAUUGCUGUGAAUGCAAAUUUUUGCCUAAAACAUGAAGACUUUCCCCAGAACAGCCUUGUAGGUACAGUGAAACAUAUUGUACACAAGGCAUUCUGGGAUCAUUUGGAAUCAGAACUGAAUGAAGACCCUCCAGAAUAUGAACAUGCUAUCAAACUCUUUGAGGAAAUUAAGGAGAUUCUUCUUUCCUUCCUGACUCCUGGAGCAAACAGGAUUCAAAAUCAAAUCUGUGAAGUUCUAGAUACAGAUCUUAUUAGACAGCAGGCAGAACACAAUGCUGUUGAUAUUCAUGGGCUAGCCAACUACAUCAUCAACACUAUGGGAAAGUUAUGUGCUCCAAUAAGAGACAACGAUAUAAAACAGUUAAAGGCAACUGACAAUAUCGUAGAGCUACUGAGACAGAUAUUCCAUGUUUUGGACCUGAUGAAAAUGGAUAUGGCUAACUACACAAUUCAAAACCUUAGGCCAUACCUUCAGCGUAAUUUGGUGGACUAUGAAAGAACAAAAUUCCAGGAAAUUCUUGAAGAAACACCAAGUGCCCUGGAUCUCACAACAGAAUGGAUAAAGGAAUCGAUAGAAGAUGAAUUGUCAUCUAUUUCUGAUGAAUCUUCAUCCUCCUCUGGUGCUGAUAGUAGCUCUAAACCAAUUAUUAGUCCUACACUGGUGCUAAACAACUGCUACUUGAAACUGUUACAAUGGGAUUAUCACAAAACACUUCCAGAGACUCUACUAACAGAUGAAGCUCGUCUUCAGGAGUUGAGAGAAAAGCUCAAUCAAUUAAAAAUCAUAGCUUGUGUUUGUCUCAUAACAAACAAUAUGGUGGGAGCAGCAAUUGUAGGUAUGCCUGAUUUUGCUGAACAACUGAAAAGGAUCUCUGUUCCUCUUCUUGAAGGCAUGAACAAGAAAACUUUUGACUUGAAGGAGGCUCUCAAUGCUAUCAGUGUCCAGAUUUGCAGCAAAUUGAACAGGUCUCUAACUGAAAGAGGUCUUCCCACUCUUAGUGAAGAAGUACAAAAUAAUUUAAUGGGUCAAAUCGCUCAUAUUGUUGAGGAGAAUAAUCCCAUCAGUUCCUUGAUUGACAAACGAAUCCAGUUCUUCAUGAGAAGCUUGCUUGCUCUUCCACAUUUUCAGAAGUGUAUGCCUGCCAUGCCAGGAGGCCUUGCUGUGAUUCAGACAGAGAUGGAGCUUGUUGGAUCUCAGUAUGCAAGCAUUGUAAACUUUAAUAAACAAGUGUAUGGACCAUUCUAUGCAAACAUACUCAGAAAACUGCUUUUUCCUGAGGCAUCAAUGGGGAAAGCAGAAUCAGAAACACCUACCAAUUAAAAAACACGGCCCACUUCUCUUCACCUUUUUUUGUUUUCUUACUUUUUUUAAACCUUCCAAGACAGUGACUCGACUUCCCUGCUAAGAACAGCCCACUCCACUGACUAUUCAUGAGAGGGAUCUUGUGAACUGUAUGGAGGUAACUUCUGAAAUUCACUGGAAAUUAAUGUCAAGGAUAUAUAUAUAUUUCUAAUAAAUUUAGCUAAUGAAUUGUCGCUUGUAAUAGUGCAUUACUAGUUUUGAAGGCAAGAAUUUAUUAAGAGCUGCCAGAGUACAUGCUCUUUGCCACCACUAAAACAAAGUUAUUAUUCAACCUGCAUGUAUUUACAUAUAGCAAUACAAUUACAAAAUGACAAAAUAAUUGUAGCUAAAGUG